AUAUUUGUCCGAUUAAAAUUUUAUAAUAAAUCAUCACAAAGAAUGGGAUAUAUCUCUCAAUCCACGCAACAAGUCGAUUUAACGUCAAUACAAACAACAGAACCAUCGAGUGGUCCGAUUUAUUCAACAUUCGCUAACUAUCGACUUGGAAACUUGGCAGAAAGAUCUGAUUUAUUUAUUACACCUCCACCACCAACAUAUCGUAACGAUUUACCACCACCUUAUUCUGCAAAAUCAGAGACUUCUGAUGUUUCUGAAGGUAUACAACCGGAAAAUAUAUCAUCCACACCUUAUUCUACAAAAUCAGAAACUUCUGAUGUUUCUGAAAGUAUACCUGAAAAUAUCGACCAUUCCUCAGUUAGCAUACAUUACCAUAUCUAA